CUUGGUUUAAGGACAAUAUUUACUUAAACUUUCAACAAGUAAAAAUUUAUUCAAUUUAAGGAUGACUCAACCUUAUGCGAACCGACUAUUUACUUAACUCAAACUUUGAUAUAAGGUCAUGCUUCCUUAUUUUAAGUUCAAGCAUACAUGGAUUGUUUCUCUUUACUCUAAUGCAAGCAGACAUGAAUUCUCUCAAAAUAAAGCAGCGAUAAUCAUAUUUCAUUGAACAGUGACAAGUGAGUGAUGGAAUUUCUUCAUGUGCUAUAAAAUAUGUCAAAUACGAAUAUGGAAAUUGUUUUCGAAGUGGACAAAGUGUACAAAAUAUUGGAGUUAUUUGAUUUAAUAGAUUUGUACGAUUUACUGAAAGAACACAACAUUACGGAGGAAAGUUUAAAGUUUAUGCAGAGCAGCCACAUUAAUGAAUUAUUCCCCAAAGAACUUUUGGGACGCAAAAUUAUUUUUGAACAGAGAUUGAAGGAGUGGCAAAUAGAACAAGGAGUGCGCGUUGAAAUUUUAUCUUUUUCAUCAGAAAGCACAACGCCCGGAUCAGGAUCAACAGAAUCCAUUUCUUCUAGUUUUCUUGGUGCGGUUAAUGAUUUAAAUGAAGUAAGUAUUAUUUUGCGUUUCUGA